AUGCAGCUGGAAUUUUUUCCUUGCUUGUUGACGGCUGGAAGAACAACAACGAGAAUAACACAACAAGAUAACAAUAAUACUCAUGAAAAUAACGGUACGAAAAAAAAAUCAGAUGAUGAUGAUGACGUAACCGGUGGUAAAAUCCAAACUUCCGGUAAUAAAAAACAAAUAAAUUUACCACUACAUCCGAAACUCGUGAGUUGCGGCGCCAUUUUGGAAAUGAAACCACUUUGGGAUGAAUUUAACGAAUUGGGUACCGAAAUGAUUGUUACGAAAGCAGGCAGACGCAUGUUUCCAACAUUCCAAGCAAGACUCUACGGACUCGAUCCAUUAUCAGAUUACAUGCUAAUGAUGGAUUUCGUACCUGUCGAUGAUAAGAGAUACAGGUACGCAUUUCACAGUUCGAGUUGGGUCGUAGCCGGAAAAGCGGAUCCAAUAUCACCACCGAGAAUUCACGUACAUCCCGAUUCUCCCGCCACGGGUUCCCAAUGGAUGAAACAAGUUAUUUCAUUCGAUAAACUCAAAUUGACAAAUAAUCAACUCGAUGAUAACGGUCACAUAAUAUUAAAUUCGAUGCAUCGUUACCAACCGAGAUUUCACGUUUUAUACAUACCCGGAAAAGCGGAAGUCAACGGUAACAAUACGGAAAAUUUUAAAACGUUUAUUUUUCAAGAAACGAGAUUUACAGCCGUUACGGCAUAUCAAAAUCACAGGAUCACGCAAUUAAAAAUAGCAAGUAAUCCAUUUGCAAAAGGAUUUAGAGAUUGCGAUCCGGAUGAUUGUGGUACGGAUGUUAUGAAUCACAUUCAAAUAGGUGGUGGGAAUAGUAAUGAUGAAUCCUUAUCGAGUCCAGAACAUUCUUCAACAGGAAUACCAUCUCGUACUACUACUCAACAACCAUUAGUUUCACUUAUAAAUACGUCAUCAACCGUCAACGGUUUAGAAUCCGUCACAACGACUACGACGUCUUCAAUUACGUCACUUCCGGGUCAUAAUAAUAAUACUCUAACGGAUUCAAGAAAUUUUACAGGUAAUAAUACCGGACUUCCGGUUUUAUCGAAUAUUAAUUCGAAUUCGACACUUGGAUCCCCUUACACGGGAGAUAUAUGUAAUUACGGUCCUAUUUAUCAUCAUCAUCAUCAUCACAUUCAUCACACGAGUUCAAACGUUGGUCCAUAUUCUAAUUAUCAAUUUUAUACGAGAACUAAUACGAAUCAGGGUUAUCACGACUACACGACGAGAUAA